AUGGCGGAUGUAUGUUCGGGCGGAGAAAGCCAGUGCCUGGGCUGCCCGGCCCUGGCCCUCGCCUCAACCCUCCGUGGGCACCGGCGACCUAUGCUCGCAGUGCUUUUGGAGGAUGUUCCUUUGCCGGCAAAGGAAACUACUUUCUGGGCCUGGCCGUCUCAGAUGGCACAAGCUGUGAUCGCGGCCGCACCCGCGGAAAAGGACGAGCUUGGACCCUUUGCCUCUACGAUCGCUGGACUUGUUGGACGCGAGAAGGCCGCUGAUCUCCUCGCCGACAUCGCCUCAGAUACGGCCAAUAGCCGCGCAUGGGCAUACUGGUUUCCCGCUGACGCAAAGGUGCAGACAGCGGAAACCAUCUGGGAGGCUCUGGAGAUCCGGUCUUUCAAGCUGGAGGAAGGCUGCGACGAAGGAGUUCCGAGUCGCCAAUUCCGAUCUCUGUGUGCCAUCGCUCGCGGCCCAUCCGAGAAGCCUCUCGCCGAUGAUGCUGCGGCAUCCUUCUGCGCGCGGGAGCGUUUCGCUCAGGCCCACGAGGCCAUGAAGCAGCUCGCUGCCAUGGCGGCGAGGAACCUCAGCUCAGCGCCAAGCCCGCAUGUCCCAGGUGUUCUGGAUUCCGUGCGCUUCCGCGCGGAGCUCUUCGAUCAGGAGGUCUUCAGCACUUCGGCCAUGUCCUGGGCCAACUUGUCCUCAGCCCUGGUCUCGCUGACGUUGCCUCAAGGCUGUCGGUCACUGGAAGCCGGGAUCUACGUUGCCGCGCUUGAGGAGGACAUUGGGGCCCUGGUUGCGAUCUGCGCCACGGGCCUUCGGGUCGUCGAGUUUGAUCAGCUUGACUUGGAGAUGCGAUGCAAGCUGGACGAGAAGCUUCGGAGACUCCUAGUGCACCGAAGGUUGAAAGUCCUCCUCGAAAGCAGCUUCACAUUCUAUCUACUCAAUGACGGAACAUCGUGUGCCAUCGGGGCAGCUGCAGCUUUCGCUGCUGCCUCGUAUGUGCGAAAGGCACGUGUCGCGAAUGUGGGCCGUUGGCAGCAGAUGCCUCAGCACCAGGCGGCCAAGGAGAGCGAGAAGAAGUCACCUGCCUCUUCGGCCAGCGAUCCCAAAUAUGCUGCCUUCCUGAAGGGCUUCGCCAAGAAGUAUGGAGAAGGCGCCAUCAUUGACAUGAACAAGAUGACGGCGGACGUGCCAACCUUCUCCACAGGUGCCCUUACGCUGGACAUGAAGCUGGGUGGCGGCAUACCUUACGGUCGGAUUGUUGAGGUCUUCGGCCCGGAGCAAAGCGGCAAGACAACCCUUGCACUGUCUUGUGCGCACCAGGUGCAGAAGCACGGCAACCGCAAGCGCGUGGUUUUCAUGGAUGCUGAGCAGGCGCUGGACACGCACUAUGCACAGGCAAUUGGCAUCGACAUGUCUCAGGAGCACUUCAGAUUGGUCACCGCGGGUUUCGCUGAGGAGGCAUGCGACCAGAUGCUUGAUGCCCUGGAAUCCGAGUGCUUCGAUCUUGUCGUGCUGGACAGCGUGGCUGCCCUUACUCCAAAGGAAGAGUUGGACAAGGACAUGACGCAGAGCACCAUCGGGCUGAAAGCCCGGCUCAUGAGCAAGUUCCUACCGAAGGCUGCGAAGUAUGCCGCGGAAUCGAACACUUGCCUGCUGAUGAUCAACCAGACCAGAGCCAACAUUGGAGGCUAUGGAAGUCCUGAGACGACUUGUGGUGGUAAAGCGCUGCCGUAUUACGCAAGCAUGCGCUUGGAGGUCAGAUCCCCGAAGUCUGGGAUUAUCGGGCCAGCAGAGGAGCCAACCGGCAUCCGCUCAGCCGUUCGCAUCAAGAAGAACAAGCUUGCCGCCCCGCACAGGAAGGCUGAGUUCGAUAUCAUCUUCGGCGAAGGCAUCUCUUGGGAAAGCAGCGUCCUGGAAGCUGCCCUCGACCUCAAGCUGGUCGAGAAAGGCGGUGCUUGGCUGACCUAUGGCGAGCAUAAGAAGCAGGGCAAGGAGACUUUCAGGGACUUCUUGGCUGAGCACCCGGAUGUGUGCCAGAAAUUGGAAGCUGAGAUCCGAGCUUCAAUGCAGAACACAGAGCCGGAAGAGGUCAGCAAGCCGAAGGCCGUGAAGCAAGCGGAUGAGAAUGCUGAUUGCAAGGAGGAGAAGGAUGAGAAGGAGUUGCCUGUCGCUGAAGCGACCCCGGCCAAAAAGGCCACUUUGCAAGGAGUUCCGCUUACUGUUCAACUGGAAGCUUGCUUCUGUUUCUGA